UGGCUGGCUGAACGCAAGACCCCAAACUGGAAUCCGCCUCAAAUUUCGGUUUUUAUUUGGUCAUUCUUCAGAUUUUUUUUCCUAUUAAUAUGACACAGCCAAGAAACACCAUUCAUACCUAGGAGAAGCUGGAAGAUUAGUCACGGCGGCUGGAAGUCUUUGUCUUAAUUGUUUUAAUAAUGAGAAGAAGAACGGACCCGUUAGUUAGCCAGGCAGUUUUUGUCGCUAUGUAACGGCAGCUAGCGCUCUAAGCUAACUAACUACAACAAUAAUAACAGCAACGACAACGAUAAUUACGAUUUUAGUCAGUAUUUGUGUUCGUGUUUAACUUUGCCUUCCGACGGUAUCUAUAGCAUAUCAUUGUUUUCGUUUAGUUAACUAAUUUGGGCUGCGAAACUUUAGGGGCUUUUGGGUUUAGCGGCACAUUAGCUAGCUAAACUAGCUAAUACUGUUUUCUUAAGCUUAAUUCAGUCGGUUUAGCAAAGCAGGCUGAAAUAGUUCAGUGAGUUUAGCGACCUAAAUAACGAGCUGACCGGCUUUAGGAGUGAACACACCCGGCCGGAUAACUUGCUUUUGCUCAGCUGUGCUUUAACAGCCGGUCUCAGCUUGCUAGUGUUAGUUGAACGAUUUAUAACAGUUCACUGGUUACCGGUUGGUUAUGUGAGGUGGCUAUAUGGCUUGACAGUUAAUGUAAAACUUGGCUAAAUAGUUAGUGGUAGCUGCUGGACUGUAAGGGCAAUGAAUAAUUGAGGCCCUGCUUGGUUUUCAGUGGACUGGCUAAGAUUUUCCUGAGCUCAGUUUAACAUGGAGCAAACAGGGAGUUGGCUGUGUUAGUCCUCUGCUGGGUUGGCUUUUUGCUCAGGAGCAGCUUCUUAACAGACAGCAGGGACUUCAUCUGUGAAGAUAUUCUCUUGCCUGUUGCCAGACUUUUUUUUGAGUGUGUAGAGGAAAAUGGAUUUUCUUCCGAGUUCAAGAUGUUGGAGAGAAACGGUCCUCUCGGUCCUCUAAGGAAAAUGCUGACAACGUCUUUUUGGGUGUUUUGCUGCUAUGAAUGCUGUCAGUGAGAUGACACAGAAAUAAAUAUUGACAGCAGACAUUAUUUCAAGGAUUUCAAGGAUUCUGGGUGUGUCUGGCCUAGAUGCUUUGACUGAAUAUUUGUCAUCCAGACCAUCUUUGGUGGAGAUAGACGUGCUGUCUUUGUCUGCAACUAAAAAGCAAACAACAUGGGUGAAACCAACCUGAACGACUCUAAUGUGAAGGUGGCUGUCAGGGUCCGUCCCAUGAACCGGAGAGAGAAGGAACUGAACACAAAAUGUGUCGUAGAAAUGGAGGGAAACCAGACCUUCCUACACCCAGCGAGUGGAAACCUGGGGAAAGCAGAUUCGAGCAGGAGUCAGCCCAAGGUCUUUGCCUAUGACUACUGUUUCUGGUCCAUGGAUGAAUCAGAAAAGGAGAAAUAUGCAGGUCAAGAUGUGGUGUUCCAGUGCCUUGGGGAGAGUCUUUUGCACAAUGCCUUCCAGGGUUACAAUGCCUGCAUCUUCGCAUAUGGGCAGACUGGCUCAGGGAAGUCGUAUACCAUGAUGGGUUCGGUGGACCAGCCAGGUCUAAUCCCCCGGCUCUGUAGCUCGUUGUUUGAGCGCACAGUGCAGCAACAGAGAGAGGAGGAGAGCUUCACUGUAGAAGUCUCCUACAUGGAGAUCUACAAUGAGAAAGUUCGAGACCUCCUGGACCCUAAAGGGAGUCGACAGGCUCUAAGAGUACGAGAACACAAAGUCCUUGGACCGUAUGUGGAUGGACUCUCUCGGCUUGCUGUGGCUAGCUAUAAGGACAUUGAGUCAUUGAUGUCUGAGGGGAAUAAAUCUCGUACAGUGGCUGCCACCAACAUGAAUGAGGAGAGCAGUCGCUCCCACGCAGUUUUCAACAUCAUCCUCACACAUACACUCAAAGACCUGCAGUCUGGGACAAGUGGAGAGAAGGUGAGUAAGCUGAGCUUAGUGGAUCUGGCUGGAAGUGAGAGAGCAGCGAAGACUGGUGCGGCUGGCGAGAGACUGAAGGAAGGCAGCAACAUUAACAAGUCUCUAACCACUCUGGGGCUGGUGAUCUCAGCGCUGGCUGACCAGGGUGCGGGGAAGAACAAGAGCAAGUUUGUGCCAUACCGAGACUCGGUGCUCACAUGGCUUCUCAAGGACAGUUUAGGUGGGAACAGCCGGACUGCCAUGGUGGCCACAGUGAGCCCGGCAGCUGAUAACUACGAUGAGACCCUAUCCACGCUGCGCUAUGCUGACCGAGCGAAAAGUAUAGUCAACCACGCUGUGGUGAAUGAGGACCCCAACGCCAGGAUCAUCCGAGAGCUGAGGGAGGAGGUGGAGAAGCUACGAGACCAGCUCACACAAGCAGAGUCCAUGAAAGCUCCAGAGUUGAAGGACAGAUUGGAGGAGUCUGAGAAGCUGAUCCAGGAGAUGACAGUCACCUGGGAGGAGAAGCUAAGGAAGACUGAGGAGAUUGCACAAGAGAGGCAAAAACAGUUGGAGAGCCUGGGUAUCUCCUUGCAGUCAUCAGGGAUCCGUGUGGGAGAGGACAAAUGUUUCCUAGUUAACCUUAAUGCUGACCCUGCCCUCAAUGAACUGCUAGUUUACUACUUGAAGGAGCAUACCAAGGUGGGCUCAGCAGACUCCCAGGACAUUCAGUUAUGUGGGAUGGGCAUCCAGGCUGAGCAUUGCGUGAUCGACAUCACUCCGGAGGGGGCCGUAUUCCUCAAUCCCUACAGGAACUCUAGGACAUGUGUAAACGGAUCUCCUGUCACAAGCCAGCAGCAACUGCAUCAUGGUGACCGCAUUUUGUGGGGCAACAACCACUUUUUUAGGAUAAACCUUCCAAAGCGACGUGCGCGGCCUGCGGCUGAAGAAGAAGAGGGUGAAGGGGGCAAUAUGAAAAACAGUAAUAGCAGUGAGCAGCUAGAUGCAGAUGGAGACACAGCCAGCGAAGUGUCUAGUGAGGUCAGCUUCAGCUAUGAGUUUGCACAGACAGAGGUCAUGAUGAAGGCACUGGGGAGCAAUGAUCCCAUGCAGGCAGUCCUGCAGAGUCUGGAGCGGCAGCAUGAGGAGGAGAAGCGAUCUGCUCUGGAACGCCAGCGGCUGAUGUACGAGCAGGAGCUGCAGCAGCUGCGCAGACGACUGACUCCAGAAAGGCAAAGCACACAGGCCUUGCCUUCGCAACAGCACUACCGCAGCAUGGAAAGACUCAGCCUAGGAGGAGUGUCCUCUUCUUCCAGUGCCCAAAAUCGCCUGCGCCAGUGGAGCGAGGAGAGAGAGGCAGUGCUUACAAGAAGCUUACGGAAGCUUCGAGAGCAGAUCGUAAAGGCCAAUCUGCUGGUACAAGAGGCAAACUUCAUUGCUGAGGAACUGGACAAGAAAACCGAGUACAAAGUCACUCUUCAAAUCCCUGCUGCCAACCUAAACGCCAACAGGAAGCGGGAUGCUGUGCUGAGUGAACCUGCCAUUCAGGUGAGGCGAAAAGGCAAAGGCAAACAGAUCUGGGCUUUGGAGAAGAUGGAGAACAGAUUGGUGGAUAUGAGAGAGCUCUAUCAGGAGUGGAAGGACUAUGAUGAGGACAACCCUGUGAUGCGUUCAUACUUCAAGAGAGCAGACCCCUUCUUUGAUGAGCAAGUCAAUCAUAGCCUGAUCGGAGUGGCUAAUGUCUUCUUGUCCUGCCUGUUCUAUGAUGUCAAACUGCAGUAUGCUGUGCCUAUUAUCAAUCAGAAGGGAGAGGUGGCAGGACGACUGCAUGUGGAAGUGGUGCGUGUUGCUGGAGGGGUUGAGGAUAGCAUGGCUGGAGGUGAUGAGAGUGAUAGCAGUCCUGAGGGAGAGAAUCAAGAGCGUAAACUGGUCUGUAUGAUUAAGAUCCUGCAGGCUACAGGCCUUCCCCAGUACCUGUCCAACUUUGUUUUCUGCCAGUACUCUUUCUGGGACCAAGCUGAACCCAUUAUUGUGGCUCCGGAGGUGGAUCCCUCUGCCUCAUCACCAAACAGCAAAGACCCCCACUGCAUGGUGGUUUUUGACAGCUGUAAAGAGCUGGCAGUGGCUGUGACAGAGGAUUUCAUUGAGUAUCUAACAGAGGGUGCAGUGGCCAUUGAAGUGUAUGGUCACAGGCAGUCUGAUCCAGGCGGGAACCCUGCCCUGUGGGACCUCAGUAUCAUUCAAGCCAAGACCCGUACACUGCGUGACAGGUGGAGUGAGGUGACGAGGAAGCUGGAGAUGUGGGUGCAGAUCCUGGAGUUGAAUGAGAAUGGAGAGUAUAUGCCUGUGGAGGUUGUGCCAGCACGAGACAUUCGUACAGGAGGCAUCUUCCAGCUCAGACAGGGUCAGUCUCGGCGGAUACAGGUGGAUGUGCGUUCGGUGCAGGACUCUGGCACCAUGCCUCUGAUAGCUGAGAUCAUCCUGGGAGUGUCCAUUGGGUGUGUGGAGAUCAGACAAGCUCGCCCAGCUAAAGCCAGUGACUCACAGGAGUCGGAAGGUGAUGAAAUGGACAGCUAUCAGGAGCGAGACCUGGAGAGGCUGAGACGGCAGUGGCUUGCAGCUCUCACUAAGAGACAGGAAUACCUGGAUGAGCAUCUCCAAACCUUGGUCAGCAAAACAGAUAAGUCAGAAGAUGAUGUGGAGCGAGAGGCCCAGCUGCUGGAGUGCCGCUUGACUCUGACUGAGGAGAGGAAUGCAGUGAUGGUGCCCUCUGCUGGUAGUGGCAUCCCAGGAGCUCCUGCAGAGUGGGUACCGGUGCCUGGGAUGGAAACUCACAUUCCAGUCCUCUUCCUUGACCUGAGUGCGGAUGAUUUUAGCUCUCAAGAAAACCUUGAGACACCAGAGGCUGGUGGCUGGGAUGCCUCACUCAGUGGUGAGGAUGAGGACGAGUUCUUUGACUUGCAGAUCGUCAAACAUUACGAUGGGGAAGUAAAAGCAGAAGCGUCCUGGGACUCUACGGUUCACGGGUGUCCUCAGCUAAGUCGAGGAGGAGCUCCAGACCAGAGGGUUUACCUGACUAUACGGACUGUGGUGCAACUCAGCCAUCCAGCAGAGAUGCAGCUGGUUUUACGCAAGCGCAUCUGUGUGAAUCUUACUGGGCGACAGGGUUUUGCUCAAAACUUCCUGAGGAGAAUGUCCACACGGAGCACCAUCCCUGGCUGUGGGGUGACCUUUGAGGUUGUGUCCAAUAUCCCAGGGGAUGCUCAGAGCUCAGAGGACAGGGAGAUGCUGGCCCGGAUGGCUACGAGCGCAGAGAACCCGAAGUCCUCAGACAACGAGGCAGCCAUUGAAAAAUAUCUGCGCAGUGUUCUUGCAGUGGAGAACAUCCUCACCCUGGACCGCCUACGGCAGGAAGUGGCUGUAAAAGAACACUUGGCAGGCAAAGGGAAAGGAAGCAGACGGAGUCUCAGCUCCCCCAGUGUGCACAGGUUAUCUGGGAGCAGACAGGAUUUGUCUCUAAACUCAAGCCUGGAGGACAACAAGAAUCGAUGGGAAAGCCAGCAGGACAUCUUCAUGACGUCUCCUCAGUUCAGCCGCACGCUACCUCGGCCCACCAGGGAGCCGACGCCUCCACCACCGACCCAAACCCAAACCCAAACCCAAUCCCAACCACAACCCCAGGAUCCAGAGCAAGGUCUUUCAGGGCUUGCUGCUUCUUAUCUCUCCCCAGUCAAGGCCCUGGUCCCCCAGAUGCCCAAGCUGCUUAAGUCCCUGUUCCCUGCUCGCGAUGACAAGAAGGACCUCCGUCCCUCUCCUCACUCUCAGCAGCAUGUGCCCCGUAUUAUGAUGCAAACCAGCAACAAUCCUGAUGAAAACAGAGUUCGAGUAGAGCCGGUGCCAGUAAUAGGGAGAAAUCCUGGCUCAGAGAAACUCUCAGACAGUCCUGAUGCCCUGCCCUCUUCCAUGCAUGAUUCGCAUGACCUGCCCCUCAGCCCCAUCAGUGAAGCUUCCAGUGGCUAUUUCUCCAGCAGUGUCUCCACCGCAACCCUUUCUGAUGUCUCCACCGCUUGCGGGGAACUUACCCCCACCCCCAAUACUCAGCUGGGAUUAGAGACAGCCAGACGGGCAGCGGAUGAGGGCGAGGACGGUUUAGGCACCCCGUUUAAUGCCUCCAUUACUCCUGCAGAAGCUGGGCUAAAGUGGGGCUCUGCUGAUCUGCUUAGAAAAGAAGAGCCUCAGCAGACCCUAUACCCCAAAGACCCUCAGGCUGUUUCAAGAAAUGGGGUUCCCUCCUCUCACACUGAAGCAAAACUGACAGUCAUCCCUCCUUUAGUACCCAAAGCUGCUACAGAUCACCCUUUCUCCCUCCAGAGGGUCAAACCCUCAGACCUCAAGUCAUUCAGUCGUAUUCUGGUUGAGGAAGAACGAGGAGGAAAUGUUUUGAAUCCUCAGCAGGCGGACAGUCUUGAGAAGCUGGAGAUCACAUCUGAUGAAGAGGCAGGCAGAGAUGCUAACCUUCCUCACUGGUUGAAAGUAGGGGAGAGUGUCAUGGUAGCCGGCAGUAAGUGCGGCAUUGUGCGCUACGUCGGGCACACGGACUUCUCAGGUGGCAUCUGGGUCGGUGUGGAACUUGACACUCCUGCAGGAAAGAAUGAUGGCUCGGUAGAAGGCCGUCAGUACUUUCGCUGUAACCCUGGUUAUGGAGUGCUGGUGCGACCGGACCGAGUCAGUCGACGGGAGGGGUCCAAACGUCACGGGGAGAACCGGCGCAGUGGAGAGUUCAGUCAGUCUGCCUUGUUACCCCAGAUAAGAGGAGGUUCUGGCACAACGAUCCAGAAAGGACAGAACCGAAAAUCCUGGAGCAGCUAAACGCUGUUGUUCCAGAUCAAGUGAAACCUCAGCUUAUGUGUGCCUGUCUGAGGAAGACUUAUGUGCUCUGUGCUCUUCCUCAGUCUGCUGAGGCUGCAGUUCUGGUGCUCAUGUGAGCUGGUACAGCAUUCCUCCACCCACACCUCAAUGGCUUUACACCAGCUUAAGUGUUCUCAUGAUGUGUAGCACCGAGGAACGGCGACACUGAAUGAACUAUGGGAGUGUAAUGGGUCGCCUCAAGUUAACAGACCUUAAACUAACUUCAGAACUUUGACCGAAUGAGACUUCCAGUUCUUCGAGGUCAAACCAUCGUUCUUGUCCUGCCCUUAUCUUGUCCUCAAGAGUCCUUUUGUAGACUUUUUAAGUGAUUUAUGCAUGAUUGAUCUUCCCUGUUCAGUCAGAAAUCCUCGAUAAGUUUCCAGAAUGUGCCUUUUGUGAAUUCAGCUUUUCUUUUAUUUUUAUAGACAUCCCCUUAUUCCUCCUUAACACUAGUGAGAAUGCCUGUUGUCAGCGCAAGGUCAUCUCAGGGACUGGUCAGAGAUACUGGUUGUGCCUGUCGUAAGAGUCAGAGGGCUUUGCACCCUAAGCUGCCAAUAGCACGGUUGUAUGCAUGUAUAAUAAGUGAUCCGGUUUUGAAGGUGGUUUUGUUCGUGUUUUGUCUUUAUGUAAUGGUAAAGUGGAGGCAGUCAUUAGUGAAUGGAAGUUUAAUGCUGCGUUGUUGUGAAGUGCUAUAAUUAGUGGAUCAGUGAACGGAGAAAAGAUGGAAUUUUGAAGUGGCAUUGGGAGAAAAGUCUAUCAGUAGUUUACAGGGAAAAGGGCACUGGAUGCCUCUGUCCAGCAGAGCUCCAUGCAUGUUGAUUUAACUGUGAUGUAGUGCAAUGGCCUGUGUAUCUGAUUUAUAUCAGUUCCGGACACAUAGGCUAUUAAUGGUAACUGGAAAACUUUAAAGGAUUUACAGCAUGAAAUGGUUAAAUAAGUGAUAAACUGAACUGAGCUGUCUUGCAAAGGUUUUAAAGUUGCACUGGAAUAAGGCCCUUUUAUAGGGGCAUUUGUAAUGAUGCUAAGUGUCCAGCAGUUGAAAGUAUUCUAAAGUCUGAAGCUGACAGAAAAUGUAGCUAAUGAACAGUUUGAACAGUUACUGAAAAAUGAGAAUUUUAGUGGUUCAUGAAGUUCAGUCUUCCAUGAGAAACCUGUUCUGAUAAAUGAAUUUAGCAAGGACACUAUAUAAGACAGUAUGGACCAAUUCCUGACAAUACCUAAAACUACAUUUUUUUUUAUUUGCAUCAGCGAAAGUCAUUCCAUGAAAUGUAUCGAGCAUUUUGCGCCACUACAUAGCAAAUUAUGCACAUAAUUUAAUGCAUAAGAAACAUGAUUCUGUAUAAUUUCCUAAAUAAUCUUUGCACAUCAGAGCGGACAAGAAGGAUGGGUUAUACCAUUGCAUUUUUAUCCUUAAAGUCAUGUGAUUUCUAAUGCAAUAUCAGAUUAUUAAAAUCUAUUUUAAUGAUUAUAGGUAGGUGUAAUGAUUUUCCUAAAAAUUUAGAAAUCCUUUGAAUUAAAAAUUAAUUUGCACAUUGGGUUUAUAUUAGAUAUGUGCCCACCCAGUGGGUUGUUUAUUUUAUAGCAAGUUAAUCAAACCACAGAAGCUCUGAAUUUUGUAGGACUUGGUGCUGAAGUAUAAAGCCAUUGCAUUUCACUGUUUGACCUGACAAAAAUAUCCUGUCCUUAAAAAGGGGUAAGGUUCCAUUAAAGUAGUAUUUAUUUUCUUGAUUUUUUUCAUUUGAUAGUUCCAGAGUCUUCUAUUAGAAGAAAUGUGUGUAUGCAAUACAUGCGUGUAUUGUCAUUAGACACUGUUUCUUCCUCCUCACUGCAGAGAGAGACUUCGACUCCUUUGAAAUUGUCUCAGUCCUGAAAACAUAUCGUUAUUCAUAUCUGUGCCUCGUGCAUCAAUAAAUUAAAACGCACAAGUAGCACAACUGAAAUGCUGCUUCGAUCAGACUGGUGUGCAGAGACAUCAGACAAGGGAGAGUAAGGUUUCUUCGUUAUUCGAUGUUGUCUGUCUGACCCAUGGCUCUCACUUUACACUGGGGAUGUGUUGUAAGUAUUAGGCGUCUAACAGCUUAGUCCUAAAAUAUAUAUAUAUUUUUUUUUUGUAUACAAUGAGUUAUGAGGAUAGUUCAUAUCAUCGUGAGUGCCGGCCACAGUGGCCUUACUUGCAUAAGACUUUAGUUAGUUUUACUGCUUAUCAUGAGAGAGGGGAAGUGAUCUUAAUGUUGACUGAUUGGUUCUCAGUAAAGGGAUCCCCUUCCCUGUUUGUCAUUUCAGUGACCAACAUCGGUAUUACUGAGGCAAAAUACUGUAUUUUGCAAGGAUAGCAUGUUUUAAUGUUCAAGUGCAAUUUGAUUUUUUUUAUUUUUUUUUGUCAAUGAUUUACUGUUGAUUUAUCUUACCCAGUGAUCACAGUUCAUGACCUUGCAUUGAUGUUUUUCCUAGGGCUGGGUAUCGUUCAGAACUAUGCGAUACUGAUACAAAUACUGAUACCUUGACUUUGAUUACAAAUUCCUGAACAGUAGUUUUUACCUUUGAUUAAAUACAAAAAAGAUACAUUGACAGACAUUUCUAUAUCUAUAGUAAAGAUGAAAAAUUGUACACUUGUACUUUUUUGUUCUUCAUUUUCUUUUUAAUUAUCUUUUUUUAAAGCCAGCAAAAAAAAUUUAUUCCAACAGUUCCAGUCUCAGCGUGGUACCCGGCAGUCUCAGACUUGGAAGACUGUAGUGGGGAGUGUUCAAAGACACCGCUGUUUGUAUUUGUUCAACAGACUGCUGAUGUUAACAUGCUUAACAGCCAAUCAACUGGCUAGAUUUUGAAAGAAGCAUGCUUAUUGGCUCACUGAUGAUGAAGACUGGCUGCUUAGCUAUUGAAAUGCCAUAUUAAACAUCAUAGAGUUUACUCUGGGCAUGUCAAACCGGGGACCUUUCGGGCCAAACUGCUGCAGUGAUUAGCGUUUACCCUCAUCUAACGCUCUGAAUUCAGUUCACGAAGGCCUCGAUAAUUAGCUGAUGAGCUGAAUCAGGUGUGUUUAAUGAGGCAGUUUGCUGAAGUCUGCAGUGUUUUGGCCCACAAGGACCGGAUCCUGACACUUGUGAUUUACUCUGUAUUCCGCUUUAUUUAAGUAAUUUGGUCGGUACCUUUUAAAGUAUUGAAUUUCGAGACCCAGCCCUAGUUUUACCUUGUUUGCAAUGGCAUAUGUACAUUUAUCAUGUGUGUUUUCACGCUAUUGAUAUUCCUAUCUAGCCUGCAGUUUCUCAAAGUGACACAGAUCCAAAGCAAUAUUAAAGCGACCGCAAAGUGGCCUUUCAGCUCCACUCCUGCUGGGUCAGUGACUGUGUUGGCUUCAUGCCAGCAUGGAUAAAAGUGCUCUCUUCCGAUUUAAAAUUCACCCCACAGGGACCGCGGCCGAGAGAGCGGGCUUUUUGGGGAGAAAAGCGCUCUGCUGUCUCUGUUUACACAGAUGUGCGACGGCGCUCUUUGCAGAAACUCUCUGCCCUUUUCCCCUCUCUCUCGCGCUCUCUCUCUCUUGCUCUUGCUCUCUCGCUCUCUCUCAAGUGUGAUUCCCUGUACACUGCUAUUGUUCUCCGACACUGGUCUGUGCCUCGUCCUGGAGUUUUAGUGAUUUUCUUUUUUUUUUAUGGUCAUGAAUCAUUUCCUCACUUGUUGAUUGUGUGAGUGUGUGUGUGUGUGUGUGUGUGUGUAUAUUGCAGAGUAUAUGUUUGUGUGUGUAUGUAUAUAGUUGCAUUCUGUGACUCCAAUCUGAGCACAAGUUUGGGAUUAAUUUAAUUAUUUGUAAUUCUAUGCUGAUAUCCAAAGAAUAAUCAUGUAUAAUAAUUCAUUUAUAAUUUCUUUUAUAUCAAUUGUACAAUAAUCUCCCUGUAAAGCAAAAAUAAAAAGUGAAUUGAUUUACCAAUA